AUGCUGCGUGCUUCAAGAGAACAGUCAGAAAACAAAAGUACACACAAUCAAAACAGAAACGACAUUUGUACAAGAGUGUCUGCAGCUUCCCUGAACUCAUCACUUAGAGUAAAGGACGGCCUGCUCGAACACUCGCCUUACGCCCUACUAGGUUCUUCCCGGGAAGCUCCUAUAAAUACAAGAUUGCGCGACGCGGCACAUCGGCAACGCCCUGGGUCAGUGCGCUGCAGUGCUCACGUGGAUAGUGUCGUCUGGCUUGGUGACCGUGGCGGUGGACGCGUAGUGCGCGGUGAUGUUCUUGUGGUCAACGCGCGUGUCGUGGACGGAGAGGGCGGAGGGGAGGCCGGCCGUGCUCUGAGGCCGCGGCGGCGCCGAUAUGACGCUCGCCACCCUGCAGCCCCUGCACCCCUGGAGGCGGUGGCGGAGAGGUACUGCCCGCUGGAGGUGGGCGGGCUGGAUGGCGGCGCCGGGGAGGACGCCGAGGCCCUGCGCCAGUUCUUCAAGGUGAAGCUGGCCGUGGACGUGGCAGUGUGCUUCCUCGUCCUCGCCGGCAACGCCCUCACCAUCAGCGCCCUGCUGCACCAGCGCUGGUGCCGCAAGGAGACGCUGUGCCCCCGGUUCAAGGUGUCCUCCCUGUUCGUCAUGAACCUGGCGGUGGCCGACUUCUUGAUCGGCUGCUCCAUGCUGUUCUUCCUCGUGUCCCACUACGUGUGCUCCAUCUCGGAGUACAUGACGCAGCACCGGUUCCUGUGCGUCACCAAGACGGCCACCUUCAUGUUCUCCGGCAUCAUCUCCGUGUGCACGCUGGGCGCCAUCUCCAUCGACCGCUACGUGGCCGUAAUCCACAGCCUGCGCUACCAGGAGUACAUGACGAGGAGGCGCGCGUGCGGGAUCAUCUCCCUGACGUGGGUGGUGGGGCUGGUGAGCGCCAGCAGCCUGUUCCUCUGGAACCACUUCGAGGCCGGCAAGCCGUGCCUGGACACCGUCAUCCCCAAGAGGCUCAUGGUGUUCCUCGUGGCGCCCUUGCACGUCCUCGUCCUCAGCGUCAUCCUGGUGGCGCACAUACGCAUUCGACAGGAGAUCAAGCGGAUGCGCGCGCGCCGCAAGGAGCACGAGAAGUCCAUCUGGGGCGCGCAGGUGCAGCGAGGCUCCAUCAAGUCCAUGCGCGCCGUGGUGCUGGUCAUCGGCUGCUACGUCGUCUGCUACGUGCCCUUCACGUGCGUGCUGGGCGCGCGCCUCAUGGGCGUGCGGUCACCCGGCAUGGACAUGGCCUUCCAGAUCCUGUGCACGGUCAUCAACCUCAACCCCAUGCUCAACCCGUUCAUCUACUCGUGGAAGAACGCGUCGGUGCGCACGGCCCUGCGCCAGUUCUUCGACAAGGUGGCCCUGCUGACCGGGGUGUCGGCGCCGCGUGACCCACGCGACGGCAAGAAGGUCAUCAGCACCACGCUGACGGCGUCCAGCCUGACGGCCUCCAGCCUGAGCGCCACGCUCAGCCACAGCGGGCAGGGCAGGCAGGGCCCAGGCCAGGGCCCCGCCGUCAUCUCGGGCAAGCAGGUCCCCGAGCGCUACGUGCCCUACGAGAACGUCAUCUGACGACGUCAUCUAGUCCAGAAGCUGCAUCCCAGACGCGUACCUUUCAUUCUCCCCGGACUUUUGGCCAGCCAGCAGCGUGCGGUCGCAGUGUGAGAGUGUCUCUGUGUGUACUGUUAAUAGAAAUGUGGACUGACGCUAGCGAUAAUUUCGUCGCUCCACCGAAACAAGACUGAUUAAUCAAUGCAAUUAGUAAUUACAUUGUGUACUAACAAAUCUAAGUCAGUUUGUCGUGUGCAUUAUUCCUCGAGUUCACCCGCACAGGUUUUCCCAGGGAAAAAGCCUCCGCAGCGAGUCGACCGGGCGCAUUUCGCUCUGAAUGAAACAAAGUGCUCGAAGGGAACGGCGCGGCUUCCGUUUUCCUCUUGCUUUACAUUCUCCAGUUGGCCUACAGGCCAGACAGCAAAAAAAUCAAGCAGUUAAAAUUCUAAAUUCAGUAAAAUUCGACACUAUUCGACUCCCUGAACGUUGGGUACAGCACGCCUCGUGGCCUCUGCGUCAAUUGCCUUGAUUUUUUUUUACCCCCAGGAUCCCCGACAACAUGGCCAUGUUGACGUUUACUUG